AGAUAUUUCAAAAAAGUAUUCGGUUUGUCUGUUAAUGCGAUUUAUAAGGGAUGCCAAAAAUUGUAGCUCAAGUUGGGCCAUAAGCGCGGUAGAGGUCGCCGCCGAUAGAACGUGUAUGCGUAUGCGCGAUGACAUUUUCCGAUGGUUCCCAUUUCUUACUGUGUUGUUCUCUGAAUUUGAUCUAACUUGUUGUAAAAAAUGUUCGUCCAAAAGCUUCUGUGCUGGAGGUUCGCCCGAAGAAGCGUUAUUAUUUUAUGUGAGGAGUGGAUUGGUAAGUCCUAAUUGUAAACCGAAGCUCCCAGAUCACGAAGCGUGCGUACAAGAUUGUGACGAUACGGAUCAAUAUUAUUUGGCAGAUAAACAUUUCGGACAAUACGUAUACAUAAUGCCCGAAGACGAGCCUGAGAUCCGCCGGGACAUAUUCCUUAACGGGCCACUGCUUGCUAUUUUCAAAGUUUAUGAGGAUUUCAAAGAUUACAGCAGUGGAAUCUAUGAGCAUACGCAUGGAAAGUUUGUUGGGUACCACAGCGUCAAGGUAAUGGGUUAUGGCGAAGAAGAUGGGACACCUUACUGGCUGGCAGUGAACAGCUGGGGACGCGAAUGGGGUGACAGGGGUAUCGUAAAGAUUAAACGUGGCCAAGCCUACGUUGAUUUCGAGAAACGCAUGGUAGGAGUAAUCCCGAGAUACCACAGACAUUAAAAUAUUUGUCUUAUCUGUAAAUUUCCUCUCAAAUGAUUAAAUAAAUCGAUCAUUCAUGAAUUAUGUCGAUUUUAUUUAGCGUU